AUGGAUAAAUACGUGACUGGGUUGAAAAGAAAAUUUAAUGAAGCAGAAGAAGAGGGUGGUGAAAAUAAUGGAAAUGUUUCUUCACAAAAUAGUAAAACUAAACAUAGAAAAUAUGAUCCAAUGUACUUAUCAUUGGGAUUUACGUAUAAGAUCAUUAAUGGUCAAGAACGACCAAUGUGUUUGCUGUGUAUGAAUACUUUGGCCUCAGAUAGCAUGAAACCAAGUAAAUUAAAACGACAUCUGGAAAAAGUGCACGCCGAUCAUGUUGGCAAAACAAAAGAAUUUUUCCAAAGAAAAUUAGAUAACUUAAAUAAACAGAAAGAAUCGUUUUCAAAAGCUUUGUCUGUAUCACAAAGAGCGUUACUUGCGUCAUACAAAGUUUCGUAUAGAAUUGCUAAAUGCAAAAAACCCCAUUCAAUAGGAGAAACUUUAGUGCUACCAGCAGCUAUUGACAUAAUAGCUACGAUGUUUGGUGAAUCAUAUGCUGAUCAAAUUAAAAGCAUUCCGCUGGCAGAUAAUACGGUGGGAAGACGGAUAUCAGAUAUAUCUGAUGAUCUUUGCGAUCAGUUGAUAGAAAAAAUUAAAUUAUCUUCUUUCGCGUUGCAAGUAGAUGAGGCUACCGAUGUUGCUAAGGAUGCACACUUAAUAACAUAUAUAAGAUAUGUUAUGGAAAAUGAUAUUAGAGAAGAGUUGUUAUUCUGUAAGACAAUUGAAGGCAAAGCUACGGCGAGUGAAAUUUUUAAUAUGAUUGAUAACUUUUUUUUUGAAAAUGGUAUUUUAUGGGAGAACUGUGUUGGACUGUGCACUGAUGGAGCUCCAUCUAUGGCAGGAAAAAAUGCUGGUCUGCAGGCCCUAGUUCGAAAAGUGGCUCCUCGUGCAGUUUGGACGCAUUGUAUGAUUCAUAGGCAAUCUCUUGUUGCAAGAAAUAUGGGUGAAGAAUUACUUGAAGUAUUUGAAAUUAUAAUAAAAGUUGUUAAUUUUAUCAAAAAUAGUCCAUUAAGAGAAAGGCUUUUUGGAAAAUUGUGUGAUGACAUGGGCUCAGAAUACAAAGCACUACUUUAUUAUUGUGAAGCACGUUGGCUUUCUCGUGCUAAAGUACUUCAAAGGGUGUUUGAGCUCAAAAAAGAAAUUGCCAUUUUUCUUGCUGAUAAUAAAAGAGAUGAAGCAGACAUAUUUUAUGACACGAAGUUUCUCGCAAAAUUUGCGUAUCUAGUUGACAUCUUUAAAAGACUAAGUGAUUUAAAUAAAUCAAUGCAAGGAACUCAAAUUCAUGCUUUUGUUCAAAAGGACAAGAUUACGGCGUUUAUGAAAAAAAUAGAGCUGUGGAUAGCUAGUAUGAAAAGUAAUAACUUUGAUAUGUUUCCUUCUUUUAAAACUACAUGUGUUAAUGAUGAUGAAAUAGAAGCAAAGCAGGAAAUGAUAAUUGAUUUAUCUAGUGAUAGCACAUUGAAGCAGAUGUUUCAGGACGAAAAGAAUAUUGUUAAGUUUUGGUUACAAGUAAAGGACGAUUUUCCAACUUUGACAAAUAAAGCCUUAGAAAUUUUAUUACCAUUUGUGACAUCCUACUUAUGUGAAACUGGUUUUUCUGCAGUAGCAGUAUUAAAAACAAAGUACCGAUCUCGUUUAGUGAUAGAAAAGGAACUGAGAACAGCGAUUUCUACAAUGGAGCCGCGGUUUGAGAAAAUUUGUGCUAAAAAACAAGCUCAACCGUCGCAUUAA